AUGACUAGGGCUUGGGUGGUGUACGACGACUGGGUUGUAGAUUUGAGGGUGGAGGUGGCGCGAGCCCCGCUGGCAGAAGUUGGCUGGGGUGAUUCGAGGUCGGUUGGGGUCACCACGGUGGUGGCCAGGGAGGCGGUGAUGGGCCGCGGCGACGCUGAAGCGGCAGUGACUGGGUGUAGCUUGGGUCAACGGAGGAUGAUUAAGGUGGAGAAGGGAAGGAGACGUGAGGCUGUGGCUGGUUUUGGGACCGUAGAUGGUGGUGGGGUGGAGAAGGGAAGGAAAAGGAGAUCGCCCGUGGAAGGGACUAACCGUCAAUCCGAACUGCUUGAAAAUGGAUGUAUAGAUCGCCCGUGGAAGGGAUUGACUUCAAUCCGAACUAUUUGGAAAAGGAUGUAUAGAUCACCCGUGGAAGGGACUAAUCGUCAAUCCGAAAUAUUUGAAAAUGGAUGUAUAGAUCGCUCGUGGAAGGGACUGACUGUCAAUCCGAACUGUUUGGAAAUGGAUGUAUAG